AUGAGCGGAAAUCAAACCGUAAGCACCUCUGCUCUACACUUUCUCAAUCUAUCGCAUGCUACAGCCUCAUCUCCUUUGAACCGACGAUACACCUAUCUUUUUCUGAACCAUGUUGCAGACCAUGAGAUUGUGCUUCCCAAUGAAUUCGAAAGCCAGCGCUUUUGCUUGAAAUGUGGUCUUAAAUACAUCCCUGGAGUCAAUGUCAAGAUACGAGUAGAUUACAAGCGAAAAGACGGAGUAUCUGCGAACAAACUAGUGUAUACCUGUUCAGGCUGUAAUCUGAGACAUCGCUUUGAUUUGGAAGUGCCCACCAAGGUGACUAAAGAACCAGCGGAACCAGUCAAAUCCAAGUCUCGACAGCGGGCAAAGAAAAGAAAGACAACUUUGUCGACUAUGUUGGCCCAAAAGAAACUGGAGACAAAUAAACCAUCGCUCGAUUUAAUGAAGUUUAUGAAGUAA